CAGCAGCAGUUGGCUGCUGGCCACAGCUAGUGAUGUUCCAGGAGAUCACCACAAAUGGCUUUUUUCAGGAAAAUUGCAGAUUGUUUGACAAGCUGUCCCAGGAAGGACCCACAUUAUUAGGGACACCUAGCGAGUACUGGGAAGGCCCCACAUUAUUAGGGACACCUAGCGAGUACCGGGAAGGACCCACAUUAUUGUGGACACCUAGCGAGUACCGAGAAGGACCCACAUUAUUGGGGACACCUAGCGAGUACCGGGAAGGACCCACAUUAUUGUGGACACCUAGCGAGUACCGAGAAGGACCCACAUUAUUAGGGACACCUAGCGAGUACCGGGAAGGACCCACAUUAUUGUGGACACCUAGCGAGUACCGAGAAGGACCCACAUUAUUGGGGACACCUAGCGAGUACCGGGAAGGACCCACAUUAUUGUGGACACCUAGCGAGUACCGAGAAGGACCCACAUUAUUGUGGACACCUAGCGAGUACCGAGAAGGACCCACAUUAUUGUGGACACCUAGCGAGUACCGAGAAGGACCCACAUUAUUGUGGACACCUAGCGAGUACCGAGAAGGACCCACAUUAUUGUGGACACCUAGCGAGUACCGAGAAGGACCCACAUUAUUGGGGACACCUAGCGAGUACCGGGAAGGACCCACAUUAUUGUGGACACCUAGCGAGUACCGAGAAGGACGCACAUUAUUGGGGACACCUAGCGAGUACCGGGAAGGACCCACAUUAUUGUGGACACCUAGCGAGUACCGAGAAGGACCCACAUUAUUGGGGACACCUAGCGAGUACCGGGAAGGACCCACAUUAUUAGGUACACCCAGCGAGUACUGGGAAGGACCCACAUUAUUAUGGACACCUAGCGAGUACCGGGAAGGCCCCACAUUAUUAGGUACACCCAGCGAGUACUGGGAAGGACCCACAUUAUUAUGGACACCUAGCGAGUACCGGGAAGGCCCCACAUUAUUAGGGACACCUAGCGAGUACCGGGAAGGCCCCACAUUAUUAGGGACACCUAGCGAGUACCGGGAAGGACCCACAUUAUUAGGUACACCCAGCGAGUACUGGGAAGGACCCACAUUAUUAUGGACACCUAGCGAGUACCGGGAAGGACCCACAUUAUUGUGGACACCUAGCGAGUACCGAGAAGGACCCAUAUUAUUAGGGACACCUAGCGAGUACCGGGAAGGCCCCACAUUAUUAGGGACACCUAGCGAAUACCGGGAAGGCCCCACAUUAUUAUGGACACCUAGCGAGUACCGGGAAGGCCCCACAUUAUUAGGGACACCUAGCGAGUACCGGGAAGGCCCCACAUUAUUAGGGACACCUAGCGAGUACCGGGAAGGACCCACAUUAUUAUGGACACCUAGCGAAUACCGGGAAGGCCCCACAUUAUUAUGGACACCUAGCGAGUACCGGGAAGACCCCACAUUAUUAGGGACACCUAGCGAGUACCGGGAAGGCCCCACAUUAUUAGGGACACCUAGCGAGUACCGGGAAGGCCCCACAUUAUUAGGGACACCUAGCGAGUACCGGGAAGGACCCACAUUAUUAUGGACACCUAGCGAGUACCGGGAAGGCCCCACAUUAUUAGGGACACCUAGCGAGUACCGGGAAGGCCCCACAUUAUUAGGGACACCUAGCGAGUACCGGGAAGGACCCACAUUAUUAGGGACACCUAGCGAGUACCAUGAAGGACUGACGCAAUUAUGUACAUCUAGCUAAUUGGUACAUGGUGGUGGUUUCUGAGAUGCUGGACCCACCAUAUAUGGUAUCAACAGUGAGACCUAGUCUGUAUGCUAUAUAUUUUUGAAUUGCAGCCACAUGAUUGACUGUUUGAAGGAGUUUGCUAUUUGCAUUAGCAAGCUGGUAUACCUGCGAAACUGCCCACUGAGAGUUUUUUUCUCAAAUCAUUUUGUUAAACAUUAGCAGUUACUAAUCAGGGAAGACUUGGGUUCAGCUGCUGGGGAAGAGAUCAGAUCUUCAGGAACUGACAUGUCCAUCUGUCUUCA